CGCGAUAGGAGCAACCGGCGAGUUAAGGAUCAAACAAAAUCUUUGUGUCUGAACAGACACUGUGUCGUUAAGAUGUAUUACUUUGUAGUGCUUCUUCUGUGUGUCGUUAUUGGAUUGGUUCAGCCGAUCACGGUGGAUGACAAUGGCUACAUCAUGUACUGUCCGUGCAUGGGACGAUUCGGGAACCAAGCGGAUCAUUUUCUCGGUUCGUUUGGGUUUGCAAAGGCUCUGAACCGAACGCUCGUUUUGCCACCGUGGGUUGAGUAUCGUAAAGGAGAGAUACGUUCCAUACAGGUGCCGUUCGAUACCUACUUCCAGAUAGCACCGCUACAAGCAUUUCAUCGUGUCAUAACGAUGGAAAACUUUAUGAAGUCACUUGCACCAACGCUGUGGCCACCGGAAAAGCGCAUCUCGUUCUGCUACACGGAACGCAUGGGUCUGGACGGAACUGCCGGCCAUGGUUGCAAUGCAAAAAGUGGCAAUCCAUUCGGUCCAUUCUGGGACACGUUUGAGGUUGAGUUUGCUAGCUCUGAGUUUUUUGGUCCGAAGCUAAACUACGAUGUGCAUCACGGUGACAACAUGGCUCGAAAGUGGAACGAACGGUACGCGGGCGAUAAGUGGCCCGUACUGGCAUUUACCGGUGCACCAGCCGUUUUCCCAGUGCAGCAAGCAAAUCUCCCACUGCAACGAUACCUCCGAUGGUCGGUAAAGUACGAGGACGAGGCGAAGCAGUUUAUCCGUGACGUACUGCCCAAGGGAGCGUUUAUUGGAAUUCACCUAAGGAACGGUAUCGAUUGGGUGCGAGCGUGUGAACACGUGAAGGAAAGCUCCAACUUGUUCUCGUCCCCACAGUGUUUGGGCUAUCGGAACGAACACGGCCAGCUGACGGGGGAGAUCUGUAUGCCAUCGCGGGACACCAUUGUACGGCAGUUGAAGCGACGCAUAAAAUUGCACCGUGAAACUGCACCGGAUAACCCGAUCCGAGCCGUAUUCGUAGCCUCGGACAGUAAUCACAUGCUCGGCGAUCUAAACGAUGCACUGAAGCGCAUAGAUGUGACGGUGGUGCGUCAUCCGGAUGCAACCCCUCAUCUGGAUCUGGCCAUUUUGGGACGUUCUAACCAUUUUAUCGGUAAUUGCAUCUCGUCCUACUCGGCGUUUGUGAAGCGUGAGCGCGAUUCGAACGGAUUUCCUUCCUCAUUUUGGGCGUUCCCGCCGGAAAAACCAAUCCCCAAAUCCAAGAGUGCCACAACGCAACAACACGAAGAACUGUAGAAGGCGAGAAGCCGCGAGAGAUUGUGUGCUGUAAUUGAGACAUCAAAUGGUACAAAACUGCAGCCGAUCGAAGGAUUGAUAUGUUUAGGGUAGGAUUAGGAUGAUUCUUUCCUCACUAUAUAAAGUAAUUGCCCUUGUUAUCGUAGCUGCGGUCGAAAUGCAUGCUACUUGCUUUAAUUCGCGAGUCGUCUAUUUAGAACUGCGUGGCGUUACCAUAGAAACGUCUGCAGCUCCAAUUGAAAUUUACCUAGGUGGAAUGCGUUGUCAAUAAUCCAAGGGUUGCUAAAGACUACUCUAUUCAAUGCAUGGUAAAGCCUCGCAUAUCAAGGCAGGUGAGUUCGCGAUUGGAAGCAAGUAGCAUGAGGUUCAAACCGUUGCUAUUAUCCGGAGUAAGUACUAUUUUUACUACAAACUUACUGAUAUUACUUUGAACAACGAAAAUUAUUUUAAGCAUUUUUUAUUCUUAGUAGAUAAGAAAUUGUCCAUCAACAUUAAAAUAAACUAGGUACAUCA